CAUUUUUAAGAGCUUAACUAUUUUCAGACAGCCGGAGAAGAUGGAGAAAACGACGCCGUUAAAAGUACCGAGAAUUAAGCUAGGUUCACAAGGUCUAGAAGUUUCCAGAAUCGGGCUGGGCUGUAUGAGUAUGUCCGGCAACUACGGCCCGCCCAAGCCCGUGCCCGAAAUGAUCAAACUACUCCAUCACGCCAUUGAUAGUGGAGUCACUUUCCUCGAUACUUCUGAUAUCUAUGGACCUCUCACCAAUGAAAUCCUCAUUGGCAAGGCUAUCAAAGAAAUGAGAGAGAAAGUACAAAUAGCUACCAAGUUUGGUAUAUGUUUCGAAGAUGGGAAAAGGGGCAUUUGUGGUGAACCUGCAUAUGUAAGGGCUUGUUGUGAGGCCAGCUUGAAGAGACUGGACAUCGACUGCAUUGACCUGUAUUAUGUUCAUCGCAUCGAUACUCAGCUGCCAAUUGAAGUCACGAUGGGAGAACUGAAGAAACUGGUUGAAGAGGGUAAAAUUAAAUAUAUAGGUCUAUCAGAGGCUUGUGCAUCAACAAUCAGAAGGGCCCAUGCUGUUCAUCCAAUAACAGCUGUUCAGAUGGAAUGGUCUUUGUGGACUAGAGAUCUAGAGGAAGAAGUAGUCCCCACUUGCAGAGAACUUGGAAUAGGGAUCGUCCCUUAUAGUCCUCUUGGACGAGGAUUCUUCUCAGCAGGGGCAAAGCUGAUUGAAAACUUAUCUGAGGAUGACUUUCGCAAGAAUUUCCCUAGGUUCAAGCCGGAAAAUUUUGAGCUUAACAAGCAAGUAUUUGAGAAACUGAAUCUAAUGGCUGCAAGAAAAGGAUGCACCCCUUCACAACUUGCAUUGGCUUGGGUUCUUCAUCAAGGAGAUGAUGUAUGCCCUAUACCAGGCACUACCAAGAUUGAGAACUUCAACGAAAACGUUGGAGCGUUAUCCACAAGGUUGACUGCGGAAGACAUGAAAGAGCUCGAGUCAUAUGCCUCCAGUGAUGUUGUCAAAGGUGAUAGACAUGUGUACAUGCCAUCAACUUGGAUAAAUUCAGAGACUCCGCCACUAUCCUCCUGGAAAGCUAAGUAGGGGUUUGACAGCUGAUAUCUAUCGGGCUUCUAUACAUGUAUGUAUUUAAUGGAGAAACGUCGGUUAGCGACGCCUUGAUACUCAUAAGCUAAAUUGGGAAAGAAACUUGCUUAUCUCGAAUGUUUUACUAUGAACUUGUAGUAUGAGGCAACAGAUAUGUGGAGAGCUUAUUCCAUUUUCUGAUUCCAUGAAUUGUUGCUCAAUUGCUUGGAUCAAUCUGAGAUCAUAAGAUAUGGUAUGUCACGGCGAUGUACUUGUGCAGUAUGUUAAACGAUUAUAUGUUACUUUGUGUAUGUAUUUAUAAUGAAAUAUAAGCAGGAAAGUGAAUCAUCA